CAAGGACCUAAAUUACUCUGUUAAGCUCUCCAAGUAACAUAGUCAGCGCUUUUCCAUCACUGGGGUUGUUUGAAGUCUGGCUGAAAAUACUGCAGCAAAACUUUGGUCUUCACCUGUCUCAUUCAAAAAUCUCUUCCUGUCCCCACAGAUUGCACAGUAAAAGUGUGUUAGUUCAUGCUCUCUCCUGGAAGGUCCUUGGCUUACUUGUGGUUUGCAGGGCUAGAAAGAAGUUCUUGGUUCCUAAUUUUAGUAUCAUUUGGCCACAAGCAGUUAACCUCUGAGGUUUCAAAAUGUAACGCUACCUAUAGGUAAUGAUAUCAUCAUGACAUGGAGAUGGGGCUGGGAGGGGGUAAAUUCUCUAAUUAAAUCUUUUUAAAUGGUCUUCAGUAUGUUUUGCCUAAAAAUAUUCUCUCAGUUUUCCAUCCUGGCUCAGAUCCUCAUUGUUUGACUUCAUAAUUUGGACGAGAAGCCCUUGAGGUUUGUGCAGCAGAGCCCUGAAGUAACCCUACAAUAUCAUUUCUGAAGGAAAAAAAGGUAAAUCUGCCAAGAUUAGUCUCACAUUGUGUCUUAACACAAAGCAAAUGUCAUUAGCAUUCUCUGGAUGAAAAGUCAUUCUGUAAUACUUCGGUUUGAGGCUGAGAAGCUGCAGGGAGUUGCUGCUUUUUUAUCUUUAAAGCAGGAAAGCACCCACAACUUGACAGCUUCAGAAAAGUUUAUGCUUAAAAGGCCUAUUUGCAUCUUUUCAAAGACCAAGUUUCACAAUCAGAUUGUCUUUGAUUGAUACUUGCUAAAUUAAUGCACCUCACAGAAGGCAGUGCCUUGUAGCACUUCAAAACAUUUAUCUUUGUUGAAGGUUUUAAAAAGCGGUGUCUGGAUUUAACUUAGUAGGGUACAGUUGAAUUUUGCCCUCCUGCUUCUAAACUAACAGUAGCUACCUUUACAGCUUGUUUUGUUACACUACACACGACCAUUAAUGAUGCGUCCAUUUAUUCCUAGGAACAGAAUUCAUUUCGUGGUACCCACACUGUUGCGCAGUCACCUUCAAGCUACCUAAGACAGCACCUGGAGAUGAACCCGUGAGCAGGUGCCCCAGGGUGUGCGGCAGCCCCCGCAUGUUCUGCAGAAGCCCCUCAGCCUGGCUCCUCCCUCUCUUCUCUCAUUAUAACAGCGUUGGCUGCGAGCGCAGUGUCCCAGCAGUUCUCUGGUGCCUGCUCAUCGAGUUGCUGCUCCAGUGCCCAGUCAGGAAACGGACUAAGAGAGGAGAAAGGAACCGCUGAAGUCUUCUUUAGACAGAAGAUAUUUGUGCUACAAUGGACAAAGGUCUUCCCUUCCUGCUCUGUGUGAUUACAGCCAUGCUGCUCCUGGGAGAAUCAAGCCGGACAGGAACUUCAAGGAAUGACGACGCUCUGAGUCAGGGCAUUGACUCGAGGGGACCGGAAGAGGCUCUUCCAACUCUGACUGUCACAACGAUCCUGGAAGAUCCUUACGUCAUGGUGAGGAGCGCAGAACUGGAGGGGUACUGCAUCGACCUGCUGAGGGCUCUGGCUGCAAUGCUCCGGUUCCGCUACAGGGUGAAGGUGGUGGGCGAUGGGCAGUACGGAGCCGUCUCUCCCAGCGGGAACUGGACCGGGAUGAUCGGUGAAGUCCUGAGACGGGAAGCAGACAUUGCGGUGGCUCCACUGACCGUCACAUCAGCGAGGGAAGAGGUGGUCUCCUUCACCACUCCAUUCCUGCAGACUGGGAUCGGAAUCUUGCUCCGCAAAGAAACCUUCUCUCAGGAGAUGUCAUUCUUCCACUUCCUGGCUCCCUUCAGCAAGGAGACCUGGACCGGCCUUUUAUUUGCCUACGUGCUGACGUGCUUCUGCCUCUUUCUUGUUGCCAGGCUGAGCCCCUGUGAAUGGAAUGAGCCAAAGAAUGAAGAGAACCACUUCACCUUCUUAAACAGCCUCUGGUUUGGAGCAGGAGCCCUUGCCCUGCAAGGUGUCACCCCUCGACCCAAGGCUCUCUCUGUGCGGGUCGUUGCUGCUGUCUGGUGGCUCUUCACCAUUUCCCUGCUGGCUGCCUACAUCGCCAACUUCACCGCCCUGCUGAGCUCCGGCAGCGAGCAGCUCCCCAUCCAGACCUUUGAGGAUCUUGUGAAGCAAAGGAAGCUGGAGUUUGGGACACUGGAGGGCUCCUCUACCUUCUACUUCUUCAAGAACUCCAAGAAUCCCAUCCAUCAGAUGAUCUAUGAAUACAUGGACAAGAGACGAGACCACGUUUUAGUCAAGACCUACCAAGAGGCAGUUCAGCGGGUGAUGGAGUCGAACUACGCCUUCAUUGGGGAAUCCAUCUCCCAGGACCUCGCCGCCGCCCGGCACUGCAACCUCAUCAGGGCCCCCGAAGUUAUCGGAGCCAGAGGAUUUGGCAUCGCCACCACCCAGGCAUCCCCGUGGACGAAGCAGCUCUCAGUCGCCGUCCUCAAGCUGCGCGAGUCUGGAGACCUCGACUACCUGCGCAACAAGUGGUGGGAGAGCAGCUGCCUCCACAGGAGCAGGGAGCGGUGGAGCCCGCUGCAGCCCCAGGCACUGGGGGGCCUCUUCCUCACCCUGGCCAUCGGCCUGGCCCUGGGCGUGAUCGCAGCUGUGGCCGAGCUCUCAAAUAAGAGCAGACACGCUGCUGGACAUGCCAAGAAAUCUUGCUGUGCUGUUUUCACAGAAGAAAUCUGCACUCGUCUGCAUAUAAAGAAAAACACAAGACAGAGCCAGGAGACCUUGGGGAGGGCUAACGCUUAACAG